AUGUCGGUGAACGAUCAACCUCCCUCUGUGGACGUGACAAUCUCCCUACGCGCAAGCCAACCCGCUGCGGACCUUCAGAGCCUGGACCAGCGAUUGAAGCGCCUCUCAGACGACGUGCUGCCUCCUCACCCCUACCUUCUGACCCUCCCGACAAAGGUGCCGUUUCGUCUGGCUCCUCGUUCCGUGAACAAUUGGGCGGUAGGACAUGAUCGGCCGUUCAGCCCCGAGGAACAAGAACUUCAAUACAUGACCUUUCUGACCCACAGCGAUACAGACUCGUUGCUGAAGGCUGUUGGAGACUGGUCUGACGAGAAGGGGCGCAUGAUGGCCGACCGGUCCACGGCCCCGACCACCGCAGAAACCCCGAAAGACACUAUCGCGAAGAAGAAGAUUAGCUUGAACGACUACAAGAACCAAAAGAACAGCGGCCCUUCCCCGGUCAUUCAGGAUCAGAAGAAUCGGGAGGGACGUCACCCGGCUACUCGCGAGGAAGCACAGCAAACACCGAAAUCUAGCCUUGUCAAGAAGAGCGACAAGGCAGAGCCACCUCACCCCCCUUCCAAAUCAAAAUCGCAUGUCUCGCUUGAUAAGGGCCCAAAGAAACGACCAUCAACCUCGAACCUCGAGGCUGUAAGUUCCUCGGCGACCAGAGGCCAGGAUAUGCAUUCAUCCAAAAAACGACGACUCUCUCCGGAGAAAGAGGUCCGCAGGGAUCCUACUCCAACCAAAUCCAAUUCACCUCGACUCCCCGCCCUACUUUCCCCGACACUUCCUCCUACUGGGCCUAAAUUACCCCGUCUUUUAUCCCCUACACUACCACCAGAUAUUGAGAAAGAAUUGGCCCGACUCGGAGACCGUUCACCCACUCGUCACUCCCCUAAACGUGACAUCAUCACAUCCAAACCGAAGCGAGACGAAGCUGCCCAGAUCAGGACGUCAAAUCCUGGCAACAGCGGCACAGGUUCCGGUCUACAGAAUGGUCGUGCGGGUGUUAUGUCCAAGGAAACCAACCAGGAGAUGAUUGUCAGAUUGCGGUAUGGGAAAGGCAACAAGAAACGGAUUGAAGCAUUGCUCAAAUUCUCCGGUAAAAGGAAACUUAAUAGGCCUGAUUCCCCAUCCAGUCAUGGCAUAGACACAGAUGAGACCACCCAGGUGGAAAAGAAAAGGGGAGAAUCCGGUUUAACGCGUGGCAAUGGUUCAUCUGAUCGACUAAAGCCUAAGAGCAAGCCGGAUGAUGAACUUCCCAGCUCGGGGGUAAACCGAUCCAAGGAACCCAAAGGGCCUGUCGAGAAGCUUCCCACUCCACCUUUAACUUCGUCUCGUUCUCAUCUGCCAGCCAACGACAAGGUGAAGCCCAUAUCGUUGACACCGGUGAAAGAUUCCAAAGCCUCAAUACCACGACGAAACGAACUCGGGGAAGGGGAAGGGAGGACACCUGUGAAUCCGACGACUAAACGCCAUUCUAUGGACCCAGGCAUCAGGGGCUCCCCAUCUCAGUCGGACGGCCGUUCUCGAAACACUGAUCGACGGGCUUGGCGUGAUGAGUUUCAACGAUUCACCAAUAUUGGACGAGAACUUAAACAUGCUGCGGUCCGGUACAAUGCCAAGCCUGAUUCGUCAAGCGUGGAUGAAAAAUUAGCGGCCGUGACAGCCAUAGAGGCUAUCAUGUGCUUCAUUCUUGCCUUUGUGGCCGAUGAUCAAUGUAAGGUCCUUACCCGGCAAGUCGGGGACUCUUCAACCUGGCAGUCUAUCCUGGCGUACUGGAAGGUCGUGAAGAAGAACAGUACCUCAUAUCCAGUACUGUACGGCCUUUGUUUGCUCUUGGGUGCUGUUUCCUAUGAAGCCAUCCAUUCCUUGGAUCUUGAACGCCUCGCUGUGAGCCCACUACCGGGGGAACAUACACCGGUGCCGACUCCUGGCAGUGAUGGGAAUACCGUCCCAUCCGAUGAAAACAAAAAAAGUCGGAAGGAGUUCUUAGAGUUGAAAAAUCGGCUACCGGAGUGUUGGAAAGAAUCACAGAAACUGUGGCUAGAGGGCACUCGCAGUCUGUCCGAGGAUGUUUUGAGCAAGGAGUUCCCCAAUACCUGGUCUUGCAGGUCACAUAAUCAUGGCGAACGAGGCAAAGCCACUCCCAAACCUGGAGAUUAUGCCGGUGAUUACUUUCUCCCCUUAGGAGGGACCACUCCGCCCAUCGAAGUGGUUCGGUUUGGUUGGUCUCUUCUUCAAGAGUGGUGUACACAUGAGAAAGUGGAUUGGAAUGGUCGCUUGGGGCUUUAG